AUGGAGAUUGUGCCCUCAUCAGCAGUGUGCACCUUUGUCGGCGAAGGAGCCGCGAACGUUGUCUUUGAGCUCUCGGGUGUGGAAGACCACCCGGACCUGAACGGCCAGCUGCUCCGGUUGCCAAAGGACGAGUCGACCGGCCCGUCAUAUGCCGAGCUCCAGGAGUACUGGGAGAACAAGGUUUCGCCUCUCUUCGAGCCGUACGAGCUCGUGCAGCAGAGGCUCAUCGAGGGAAAGGGCACCCGCCGCCAUGACUUCGCCGGCCACAGGUUCGUGCCCCAAGGCAUGAGCACCGGCAUGCUGGUCGAGGACAUGCGGCCCAGGGCACCAUCAAGGCCAUCGUCAUCCGGGGCCAAGGGCGGCCAGGGGGGAGAGGGCGGCGACGGCCAGCAGGACGACGACGACCUCUUCACGCUGCACGAGAUCAAGCCCAAGUGGCUGCACCAGUCGCCCCGGGCCCCCGAGGGCGCCGAGCAGUGCCGCAACUGCGCGCGCGAGGUGCAGCGCAACCUCAAGAACUCGACGCGCAACCCGGUCUUCUGCCCGCUCAACCUGGUCAAGGCCACCGACUUCCCCCGGAACCAGAACGUCGCGGGGGACAUCCGGCGCGCCCUCGGCCUCUCGGCCGCGCAGUCCGACAACCUGCAGGCCUGGCUGCGCGGGUCCACGCUGCUGCGCCGCCUGCGCGCCGCCCAGUGGGACCUCGACCACGCGGACGAGAAGGUGGUCCCCGACCCCGCCUCUGCCUCCGCGUCUGCGUCCGCCUCCGGCCCGUCCUCGUCGGCUAGUGGUGACGACGACGGCGACGACAACAUCGCAAAGUACUGCCUGGCCAUGACGCUGCGCGACUGCAGCCUGUUCCUGCGGAUCCCGCGGCGGCCUGGCGCCACGGCAAGCGACGUCACCGCCAAGCUGGCCGACCUGGACAGAAAGAACUACGUCUCGAAGCACGAGUACUGGGAAGGGAUGGAGAACGGACUGCACGAGAGGAACCUGUACUGGAGGUCGGGCGGCGACGGCGUCUCGGCCGCGCUGACCGACUGCCAGCUGCCCUUCUACAAGGCCGGCGCCAAGAACCUGCCGCCCGAGGUGCGGGAGUACUACCGGCUCUGA